AUGGGGGAGCAGUCUGAUGAUGAUGGAUGCUGGUCGCAAAUAGCUGAUGACCUCAUCCGCCGAAGAGACAUCCUUUCUCGAAAGACUGAGGAAGCAGAGGCAUGCCGGUCCAGUAGUGAUGAUGAAGAUUUCGAUGCUGAGAGUAUGGAAUGCUGUUGGUGGGCGAAGCUCCUCAAGAGCCACACCAAACACUACUCACUCCCUGAAUGCCGGUCUCAAAUACAGGUUCUGUCUGCAUGCACAGGGCUCAGUGCAGAAUCCUUUGUCUUGAAGGAGCCCACAGUCUUGUAUCAUGAGCAACAGAAGAGUAGAAAGGAGCUGGGCUUGGACUACAAUGUGAUGAGUGCUUCGGACCCCAAGCUGAAGACGUGCAAAGCCUUUGUCCACCUGAAUUUUCCUGAGCAGCUUCCAACCCACUGGUUUUGCACCGUUGAAGAACAAAAGGGUGGAGCAGCAUGUACAAAUCACCCUUACAGCAAAACACCAUGUGUUGCAGCACCAAAGGACAUUGACUUGAUGAUUGCAGGGGGUCCCUGCCACCCCUUUUCAACCCAACGGGUUGACAGGUUUCAGGCACGCUCAGUGGCACAGCACCAGGAAUAUGAAGUGACAUUCAAGGAACUGUCACAGUUCCUUGAAUCCAUGGAGCCCAAACUCCUGGUCUCUGAGCAGGUGGAGGGCUUUGACCUUCCUUUUGAGAAAGGUUUUGGGGAGACUCCACUGCAGAGGCAGGGACUUAGCAGACUUAGCAAAACAUGCCAAGCUUGCUUUCAUUAA